UGGUCGCAUAGCGCGCGGGCGCUGUGUAGCAGCGUCCAAAAAAAAAAACCUCUUCCUCUCGCUCUCAGCCGCCACCAAAUGUCCCGCUCGUCUCUCACCCGCCUCUCCCUCUCUCUCAGCCACCCCUUGCUCUCUCACUGCUGGGCUAGGGUACCGGAGCAUCGGCCCCUCUCACCUCUGUUAGGCGGCGGCGGGCGCGGCAUCGGCUUGCAGGCAACCGUGUCGGCGGCGGUUUGGCAGAAGGCGACAGCAAGCGGCAGGGAGAGAGACCUGCAGCAAGCAUCGACCCUCCUUCUGAUCUUUAAACCAGGCAGCAGCCAUGUCCUUUUGUGGCGACCCAACGGAGAGCGACUGCCAGGUGCAGCAGAAGCUGCAGAUCUCCUCCGCCAUGACAAUCCAGAAGUGCUUCAGAAGUUGGAAGGCAAAGCGUUUGGAAGCCCACGAACAAUUUUAUUCUGGUUUUGGUGAAAUUCUCAAGAAUGCUGAUUGGAAGCGCUUUGGUAUUGAAUCUGAACCGUUUGGCCAGUUCUUAUCCAUCUUUGACCCAAAGAAAGAGAGCGAUGUUGAUAUCCUCGUCAAAAUCUUUGAUUGGUAUGCCAAAUGUGAGGACAGGAGCACACAACUAUGGAUUUGAACUUGAUACCGGAAGAGGAGGAUGAAGCUCAACAAGAGGAACAAGCUCAGCAAGGUGAAGCUUUUGAUUUGAACUUGAUCCCGGAAGAGGAAGAUGAAGCUCAAGAAGAAGAACAAGCUCAGCCAGGUGAAGCUAUUGAUUUGAACUUGAUCCCAGAAGAGGAGGAUGAAGACAUUGAGUCAUGUGUCAUGUGUAUGCCUUGUGUAUAUGUGUAUGUCAUGUGUAUGUCUUGUUGGAUUUAUUUGAAAAGAAAGGAAAAGGAAAAGUUGGAAUUAUUUGAAUUAAGUUGGAUUUAGUUGAAUUAAGUUGGAAUUAUUUGAAUUAAGUUGGAUUUAAUUGAAUUAAGUUGGAAUUAUUUGAA